CAUUUCAAGUGGAACAAAAAAAAAAGUAUUUUGAAAGAUUUUAUUAUGGUUACUAUAACUAUGUCACUUUAUGUUCUCCAGAAAUAAUUCAAACAUGACAGAACUUGAAUUCUGCAAAUGUGCAAGUCCCAGAGAAACCCCCAACUCUAGAAACAGACAAAUAUCUUUAUUGGUCAACAUGAUGAACUUUCCUUGUAUAUAUACGUUUUAUCUUGACCGCAUAUUUUUUAAAGUGCAUGAAAAAGUGUUACUAAGUUAGUGCAAUGAAAAUGUUUACUGAGGUAAAUGCGUUGAAUACGUUACUGAGGUCACAAAAGCAAAAAAGAGCUUGAUAUGGAAACUAUUUUCUAGAUUAUAUAUACACAACUCAAUAUUGAGUGAAAGAAUCAUUCAUUCAUAUACAAUACUUUAAGAGAAAAAAUAGUAAAAAUAGGAAUGGGUUCUUUAGUAGUGCUUAUUUGUCUCUUGAUCAUGAGUAUGUGUAUAUGUGUAGCGCUGUCUCACGCUCAAGAUGAUUUCUCUUUAACCGGUUUCGAUAACCCAAGAACAACUGUGGUGAUUAUCAAUGAUAUUGCAGGUUAUCUUCCAUUGCGAUAUCAUUGUAAAUCAAAAGACGAUGAUCUUGGAGACCGAACUAUGGCACCAAGAGGAUCGUGGUUCUUUGAAUUUAAACCUAGUGUUUUUGGAAAUACAAAAUUCUAUUGCAGUUUCAGCUGGGGCAAUGAGUUGCAUUAUUUCGAUAUCUACAGACAGAAUAGAGACAGACUGUUCGCAGAGUUUGGGUGUAGAAGAUGUGAGUGGAAGAUACGCAAGACCGGGCCUUGUAAACUGAACAAAGACAAUGGAAUGUUUGAUGUUUGUUUACCUUGGAAUUAGCCAUUGUUUAAAAGCAAUUAGCUAGAAUAUCUCUAUUUCCACAUAUGCUUUGCUAACGGCAAAAUUAAUAGAAGUAAUAAUAUACAUAUACAUUGCAUUAGCUUGCACGUAACGUUA